GCUGCAACGGUGAUGUACGGACCCGCGUGCGUAACACAAUAAACCAACCGUCAGUUUUUUUUUAAAAAACAUUUUUAAACUGACACGGACAAUUUACAGGCUACCUACGUUUGCAGACAAUGUCAACUGUGGAACGUUUUGAAUAGGACCGUUGUUAUUGAGACAUCGAACCAUAACCCACCGCUGUCUGCUGCUGUCUCGUCUUCUAAAACCGGAGAGUGAGAAACCAAGAAGGACAUGCGGCUAUAUGGGAACGUGUAACCGGGCAUCAGUGCAGCUCGCGGGACCGGUGAUCACGUCUCUAAUAACCGCUGCGGGAUCUAUAUUUUUUCCAUCUGCAAUCUUCACAUCUCCUUCUCUCAGAAACAUUCUCCUCGGAAGAAUCCGGUGACUCACCGCGCGCGCCGCGAGGGGAGGCAAGCCGCUGCAUUCUAAUCAGCCGCGCCGGGAGAACGGAGAGGAGAACGGAGAGGAGAACGGAACGAGCUCAUUGACAUUACAGUCAUACUUUUCUGGAGCACUUUUUUACUUCGAUAGCUUGAGCCCGCACCACUGUAGCGCUGCUAGUCUGCGUCGGUCGGAGCUGGUUGGUGGCUUCAUUCCUCGCCAAACCGGAGAAGGAAUAGCAGGGUGACAGACAGACAGAGCGAGGGUACUGGGCUGUAAACGUAAACCUAAACCAGGGAUUAUUUGUAUUUUCUAUUUAACCUGAUACCUUUCGGGGGGAGAGUGAGAGCACGGGAACGCAUAACGGCUAUUGUAUUCGGUUGGAGACAGGAGACCGGAUUGCGAUUAUUCCUGAGAUGAGCCUGGGCGUUCAACUGAAUUUAAAUUAGGUGUUCGCAAGCACCACCGUUUUCUUUAAGGGAAAGGAGAGCGAGAGAGAGAGAGAAAAGGGAAUUUAAAUCGGUGCUCUAGAAUGACUUCUACAUUCCGCGAUGAACGGAACUGUGUGUUUGAUCCUGAAUGGUAGAAAUCACCAAUUUUGUGUUAUAGAAAUCAACAGGUCGGAGUCGGAGGCGUAAAAUAUCCAGCGAAAUUAAAAAGCACUGCCUCUCACCGAAGGGGGGAUGUAUCUUUCUAUUUUAUUUUUCCUUCUCCUGUGGGCUCAAGCCCUGGCUUUGAAAAACUUGAAUUAUUCCGUUAACGAAGAACAAGGACCGGGGACGGUUAUAGGGAACAUAGCCAAAGAUGCUAAACUCGGACUCGGGCAAGGAGGACAGGGGAAGAAAUCCAACUUCAGGGUUUUGGAGAAUUCAGCUCCACAUCUCAUCGAUGUGGACCCUGAGAGCGGGCUGCUCUAUACCAAGCAACGCAUCGACAGGGAAACACUGUGUCGGCGGAACCCCAAGUGCCAGCUCUCCAUGGAGGUAUUCGCUAACGACAAAGAGAUCUGCAUGAUUAAGGUAGAUAUAGUGGACAUCAACGACAACUCGCCCACGUUCCCUUCUGAUCAGAUUGAUAUCGACAUUUCUGAGAACGCUGCCCCCGGCACCCGCUUCCCGCUGACUAGCGCGCAUGACCCGGACGCCGGGGAGAAUGGGCUGAAAACGUAUCAGAUCACACGAGACGACUACAAUCUAUUUUCUCUGGAUGUAAAAUCCCGCGGGGAUGGGACUAAAUUUCCCGAGUUAGUUAUCCAACGGCCAUUAGACCGGGAGGAACGUAACCAUCACACCCUCAUCCUAACCGCUACGGACGGUGGGGAGUAUCCCAGAUCAGGAACCAUGCAGAUUAAUGUGAAAGUUAUUGACUCUAACGAUAACAGCCCUGUGUUUGAACAGCCCUCCUAUGUUGUAGAAAUCCCAGAAAACUCCCCCCCGGGGAAAGUAUUGAUAGAUUUAAACGCCACAGACCCAGACGAGGGUUCCAACGGUCAGGUGGUGUAUUCAUUCAGCGGUUAUGCCCCUGAUAGAAUCAGAGAACUCUUCUCUAUAGAUUCUAGAACGGGAGUCAUUAAAAUCCAAGGAGAGAUUGACUAUGAGGAGAACCCUAUUAUAGAAAUAGAUGUUCAGGCGAAGGAUCUGGGCCCUAACCCCAUCCCAGGCCACUGUAAAGUAACGGUGAAUGUGAUUGACAGGAAUGACAACUGGCCCUCCAUUGGGUUUGUGUCUGUGAGGCAGGGGGCCAUUAGCGAGGCAGCCCCACCAGGCACGGUCAUUGCCCUGGUCAGAGUCACGGACAAAGACUCUGGGAGGAACGGGAAGCUCCAGUGUAGAGUCCUGGGAAACGUUCCGUUCAAACUAGAGGAGAACUACGACAACUUCUACACCGUGGUGACGGACAGGCCUCUGGACAGAGAACAGCAGGACGAGUACAACGUCACCAUCGUCGCCAAGGACAACGGCUCCCCGCCCCUUAACUCCACCAAGUCGUUCACGGUGAAGAUUCUAGACGAGAACGAUAACGUUCCGCGCUUCACCAAAGCCGUGUACCUGCUCCAGGUGCCGGAGAACAACAUCCCCGGGGAGUAUCUGGGUUCCGUCCUCGCACUAGACCCGGACCUGGGCCAGAACGGAACCGUGUUCUACUCCAUCCUCAACUCCAACGUGAGCGGAGGAGACGUCAACACCUUCGUGAACGUGAACGCGGCCAACGGGGCAAUCUACGCCGUGAGGUCGUUCAACUACGAGCAGAUCAAGUUCUUUGAUUUUAAGGUUUUAGCGAAGGAUGCGGGGUCUCCCCACCUAGAGAGCAACACCACGGUCAGGGUCAGCGUCUUAGACGUUAACGACAACAUCCCCGUCAUCGUUCUCCCGCUGCUCCUGAACGACACGGCGGAGAUCCACGUGCCACGGAACGUCGGCGUAGGUUACAUCAUCACCACGGUGAGGGCGGUCGACAACGAUUACGGCGAGAGCGGGCGGUUGACCUACGAGAUCUCUGACGGUAACGAGGAGCGUCUGUUCGAGAUGGACCCGGUGACGGGCGAGGUGCGUACCGCUCACCCCUUCUGGGAGGACGUCAGCCCCACGGUGGAGCUGAUCAUCAGGGUGAUGGACCACGGGAAGCCCACCCUCACCACCGCCGCACGCCUCAUCGUCAAGGCCUACAGCGGGCCGCUCCCGGGCGGGGAGCCCCACAUCAACGAAGAGCAGCACAACUGGGACGCCUCGCUACCCCUCAUCGUCACCUUAUCCAUCAUCUCCAUGAUGCUGCUGGCUGCCAUGGUAACCAUCGCCGUGAAGUGCAAACGGGAGAACAAAGAGAUCAGGACGUACAACUGCCGCAUCGCAGAGUACUCUCACCCACAGCUGGGCAAAGGCAAGAAGAAGAAGAUCAACAAGAACGACAUCAUGCUGGUUCAGAGCGAGGUGGAGGAACGGGACGCAAUGAACGUCAUGAAUGUGGUGAGCUCACCAUCGCUCGCCACCUCCCCCAUGUAUUUCGAUUACCAGACGCGGCUGCCGCUGAGCUCGCCCAGGUCGGAGGUCAUGUACCUCAAGCCCACGGCCAACAACCUGUCGGUGCCCCAGGGACACGGCGUCAGCUGUCACACGUCCUUCACUGGCCCGGUGACUAACACCACAGAUACCCCCAGUAACAGGAUGUCCAUUAUACAGACAGACAAUUUUCCCACUGAGCCCAAUUACAUGGGCAGCAGGCAGCAGUUUGUUCAAAGCAGCUCGACAUUCAAGGACCCAGAGCGAGCCAGCCUUAGAGACAGUGGUCACGGAGAUAGCGAUCAGGCCGAUAGCGACCAAGACACUAAUAAAGGCUCGUGCUGCGACAUGUCGGCCAAGGAGGCGCUGAAGAUGAAGGCUACGGGCGUUAAACCACCUCCUCUGGAGCAGGAAGAAGACUGUGUUAAUUGCACAGAUGAGUGCAGAGUCCUAGGCCACUCCGACCGUUGCUGGAUGCCGCAAUUCCCAGCGGGAGCGGGAGGUGGAGGAGCCAACCAGGCAGAGGGUGUGGACUACCGCAACAACAUGUUCGUCCCCGCGGGGAUGGAGGCUGCCAUGGAGACCACAGAAACGUACGAGACCGUCAACCCCAACGGGAAGAAAACCUUCUGCACCUUCGGGAAGGAGCGUCGGGACCACACCAUUUUAGUGGCUAACGUCAAGCCUUACCUGAAGGCCAAGAGAGCCCUCUCUCCGCUUCUCCAGGAGGUCCCCUCAGCCUCCAACUCCCCCACUAAAGGCUGCUCCUCCUCCUCCAACAACUCCCCCUGCGCCUCCUCCACUAAAUCCCCCGCAGACGGAGCCGAGACGAAACCCACCCCCAGCCACUAUUGCUCAGGCCCCCCCGACGGGCAGUACCACUCCCCCAACAAACAGAGCAGAGACCCAGGCCUCCUUCACCACCACAACCCCCAUGGCCCAGCCUACCCUUCUCUCUCCUGCGACCCGGUGGCCAAGGUUCUAGCGGAGGCCCGGUCCCGGAUCAGCCAGGAGGCUGGGGUGGGGGUCAGGGCGGGAACAGAUAUGGACUGUGUUCUGGAAAUGGAAGGGGGGAUCCACGGAGGGGGGGAGCUGGGGCGGGACGGGGUCGAUGCAGACCAGGUGGUCAGAGACAUCGACAAACUGCUGCAGGACUGCAGAGGCAGCGAGACAGCCACCGGCACUCUCAGAAGAAAGUGAUAGACAGGGUAGAAAGAGAGAGAGAGAGAGAGAGAGAGAGAGAGAGGGAUGAAGGGAUGGUGGGAGGAUGGAUACUCUCCACCUUUAAGACUGCCACAGCCAUCUAAACAAACAAACAGAACACUGCUGACCGUCACAUGACCUUAUCUUUGACCUCAACUUGGAACUAUGGAAGGAAGGACCACGUGUUGGACUUUUUCCCUGUCGAUAUCGCCAGGGUACGUUUUCAAAAGAAAAGAAAAAUAAAGAAAGACUGAAGGACUGAAACAUGGACAGCUGAAUUCAGGACUGAAACAUGGACAGCUGAAUUCAGGCCUGAAACAUGGACAGCUGAAUUCAGGCCUGAAACAUGGACAGCUGAAUUCAGGCCUGAUACAUGGACAGCUGAAUUCAGGACUGGAAACU